AAAACAACAAAGCGCUGUGCCGUCGGGCUGCCCCCGCCCCAUCAGCAGUCGCCCAGAGAAGGAUGGGCAACGACGUCGCCAAGAACUGCGCGAACCGCAUGGCCAUCGGCGCCAUGUCCAACGUGACGGACCUGGAGCGGCCGGUCAUCCAGCGCAUGUCCGAGAAGCUGGCCGAUAUUGCUAAAAGAGAGGGUUCCAAAGAUCUCGUGACGAAGGAGGAGUUCGGGGAGGCCCUGAACGGUUUGGAGAUCACGCAGAGCGACCGGGACAUCCUGGAUCGCAUCUUCGUCAUGCUCGACCGCACGGGCGAAGACAGGAUCAACCACAAGGAGUUCAUCGUCGGCAUCGUGCCCUUCGCGCUGGGCAAGACGGAAGAACUGAUCCAGAUGGCCUUCGAGCUGUUUACGAACAACGCGUCGGAUCGCGUGACGCCGAUGGAUUUGAGAUUUAUAUUGAUGACGCUGAACACGGUGGCGUCGUAUUUUGGGGAUCCGGUCAUGACCGUGGCGCAGGUCGACAAGGUCGUGGACGACGCGGCGGACAAGCUCGACCCGCCGCCCAAAUCGGGCGAGCUGCUCAUGGCCGAGCUGUCGCCGUACGUAGCCGACCACGAGUUCGUCCACGAGUUCGUCGAGGGCAAGGGGACCUCGCGCUACGGGAAUAAGUUGUAGUCCACAGGCUCCUGGCU